AUUUAAUCCCUAGUCUUAGCGCAUGCGUGAUAAAAAUUAGGAACAUGAGAUUUGUCCUGCAGAUUCACUCGUCACUGUGCUCGAAACCAUGAUAUACUCAUAGUCGAUACGCAAUCAUAUUAUCUAAAUCGCUUUGUUAAACAACUAAAUUGUUUACAAAUAAUGAUAGAAAUUUGCAGUAUUAUAUUAAUAUUGUUGAUUCGAUAGGAAUUGUAUGUAUUUACAUUUUACAUUAUUAAGUUUUUAAUCUUGCACAGUACUUUAUUGUUUGACUUGAUCGGAGGCUUGAAUAUUUUUAAUAAUUUAAACUCGUGACAAAACUUGGAAUAAAAUGACCGGGCAUUCUAGGGACAAUCAGAAUGUUGGUAAUUUUAUACAAGCACAUUUACAAAGAUCAUCAUGUUAUGUAUGCAAUGGUUUUUAUGGGUCAUGUUAUGAUGAACAAAUUUGUCAAACGUGUCAUUUGUUUCUUUUUUCUGAAGAGUUAGCUCAAGCUGUUCAAGAAAAUGUUCACAACACAAUGGGAGUUGAAGAUGGUGAUAGUGGAAAUGAUGAACCAGCAGAUACAUUUUACAAUGGCUUUCAACGACCAGUUCAAGAUAUUCCACUUGAUGCACAAAUUAUUCGGGUUGGUCCAUCACAAGAUCUUGCAAGGCGACUUCAAUUAUUAUCAGAAAUGUCUGCGCCACAACCUCAACCUUUAGAUGGUGAUAGCGAUUAUUUUCAAGAACUUCCUCCUGAAGUGUUAUUGACUGUAUUUUCAUACUUGGAUGACUUCAGUCUUUGGUGUGUAAGCAAGGUGUGUACACGUUGGGAACAGUUGUUGCGGUCGCAUAUUCCACAAACUUGGCGUAGAUUGGUUGACAGUUGUUGGCCUCUGUAUGAGCCAUUAAAACCUGUUGAUGACUGGCAUUUUGCUAUCUCAGCAUUGAUUGGUAGUUCAUCAUGUAUAUUGUGUAUUCGACGUAUGAUUAGUCGCCCCCAUGCAGAAUGUCAAGAAAACUCUUGGAGAAGAAGACGAUUACGACAUGAAGUUAAAAAUUUGAAAAGUGAUCCACCUGAAGGUAUAAGAGCAGUACCUCUGGACAAUCAUUGGUGUCACUGGCAAGCCACUAUUUUGGGACCUGCUGGUAGUCCUUUUGAAGGAGGGCAAUUUUUUUUAUAUAUUCAAAUACCUUAUGGUUAUCCAAUGACUCCUCCAGUCGUCAGGUUUUUAACCAAAAUAUUUCAUCCAAAUGUAUCCCGCCAUGGAGAUAUUGGAUUAGAUUCACUACAUUAUAAUUGGAGUUUAGCAUUGACUAUUGCUAAAGUAUUGAUUUCCAUACAGUCAUUGUUAACUGAUCCAUUUUGUGAUGUGUGCAUGGAACCUGACAUUGCACAACUUUAUAAUAAUGAUCAACAAACAUACAAUACUAUUGCUCGAUAUUGGACACAUAGAUUUGCUAUGAAUGAUAUAUUAACUUGGUCUAAUUAAAUAAUUCAGUAUAUUAUACUUAAAUUCUUUUAAUCAUAAAAAAAAA